ACUAGAAAUCAUGUAACUCAGACAGCAACUAAAUCAUAUCCUUCACCAGCAACUAAAUCAUAUCCUUUACCAGCAACUAAACGUCAAGCUCAGUUUGGACUGCUCUUUGACAUUGAUGGAGUCAUUGUUCGAGGAAGGAAAAUUCUUCCUCAUGCUGUUGAAACUUUUCAAAAACUUAUUGAUACUAAUGGAAAAUUCAGAGUACCAACAGUUUUUGUUACCAAUGCUGGAAACACGAUGCGUCAUAAAAAAGCUCAACAGUUGACUGAUUGGCUGGGAGUAGAGAUUACUGAACAACAAGUCGUGAUGUCACACAGUCCUCUGAGGAUGUUCCGUCAAUUUCACGAGAAACAUUGCUUGAUUUCUGGACAAGGCCCUAUUGUAGACAUUGCUAAAGGCUUGGGAUUUACCAAAGUGACAACUGUUGAUCAACUGAGAAACUGCUUUCCUACUCUAGAUGCUGUUGAUCAUAAAAGAAGGAACCACGUACCUUGUGCAUUUGAACGAUACUUUCCUAGAAUAGGAGCUGUGGUUUUAUUUGGGGAACCUGUGAGGUGGGAAACAAGUCUGCAGCUGAUUUUGGAUGUACUGAUGUCUAAUGGCUUACCUUGUGAAUCUCUUCCCACUGCUCCAUACCCUCAUCUUCCAUUACUGGCAUGUAACAUGGAUCUGCAAUGGAUGGCUGAAGCCUGCAUGCCCAGGUUAUGUGAUAGACUUUGUGUUUGCCACUUAUGAUAUUCUAGCUAAUUU